UUCCUUUCCAGCUUAACAAAAAACCCAUUUUCUCUGUCUCCUCCAAGAAUCCCCAAUCGCUGGAUCAACCAUGGCGGUGAUUUCUCCAUGGACGACGACCUUGAUGAUCACGAUUAUGAUGAUAACGACGGUCAUGCAUGUAAUCGACGGCAGCGAUAACAACCCCGUGUACUCGCCGUGCGCGGACACGAAGGUGGAGAGGUCCGACGGGUUCACCUUCGGAAUUGCCUUCGCCUCCAAGGAAUCCUUCCAACCAAACGGCACCGUUCAGCUGUCUCCUUGCGACUCUAGGCUCUCUCUCUCCUCCAAUGCCCAGAUCUCCGUUUUCCGACCCAAAGUUGACGAGAUCUCCCUCCUCUCCGUCAACUCCUCCUCCUUCAAUCCGGAUACUUAUGGGUAUAUGGUUGCGUUUGCUGGGCGAAAAUAUGCUGCAAGGUCCCUUCCUACUUUUGUUGCUAAUGGCACCUACACUGUCACCAGCUUUACCCUUGUGCUUGAGUUCAACAGGGGCAGGCUGCAGAACUUGUACUGGAAAAAGGAUGGGUGCUCUAAAUGUUCAGGGAGCUCCGACUUUGUUUGCCUCAACAAUCAGCACUGCGCCUUCAAGACCUCGAGCUGCAAAAACCAUGGCGGCUCUGUGGACUGCAGCCUCGGAAUCCAGUUGGCAUUUUCCGGCACAGACAAGCACCUUUCGGUUCUUAACUCAUGGUAUGAAGUGGCAAACCUUAGGCAGUACUCGCUCUAUGGUCUUUAUUCGAAUUUGAAGGACUCCCUCAGUAGCCAGUACAGCAAGAUUUUCUAAUUUAAACGGUUUCUGCCAUUUGUCUUGUAAUUUUCCUACCGCUCGUACUCACUAGGUUUCCUCAUCUGUUUCGUUGCGUUUGAGGUAAAUAGUUGUUGUAAAUUAACUAACUUUGAGGAUCUGUUUGUGAUUACUGAAAAGGAGAUCGAUGUCUUCACAUUCGUGUUCUGCUUAUUUGUGACAUUUAAUUCGAACUCCAUUUCUGCAA